UGUUGAUGGCAAUAACAAAACCGUAAAAUCAGUGCAGGAACAGAUUGAUGAAUUCAGUAUCAUCCAAAGUGGCACUGCUUACUCGCCAUCUUCCAUGCUAUACCACAUGGAAAACGUCAUCAAAACAGAGGAAACCAAAGUGAAGGCAUUGCUCAAAAGAGAAGUUGUUGCGAGAAAGAAGGAAAUCUACUCAUCAAUCCAAAAAACAAUUCAGAAUCGAAUGACUGCUGGCUAUGAGCAAGCUGCAAAGUUGAAAGGAGUAAAAGCAACGGAGAAGAGGGAGGAUAAAAUAACGGAAACAAUUGAAUUGUUAAAACCCAGCAUGUUCAAAGAUGCAAAAAUGGAAGUUCUGAAUCAGGUCAAGGAUUUAAAGGAGCAUAUAUGCAAGACCCUUGAAUCUGAGCUAAAGGGAUCAGUGGAACGCUCACUUUCACAAACCAGCAGAACCACUCUGAUGGAUGUCACCGGAAAGAUUGAAAGGUUGGAGCUUCUGUCAAG